UUUGUGGUUGAUAAUAACAGCACUUCAGGUGCAGGAAGUGCAUUGGCCAAAUAUCCCAUGCUGUUAAGUUACUGGGUGCUCUACGCGCUGUUGAAUGUGGCCUAGAUCAGUUUAAAAUGACUGAAUAAUGUUAAUCACAUUUCGAGUGAAGAAAUCCUACAGUUGGUAGUCAGAUUUACAAUCAAUGCUAUAUUAUGAGUACGGAUAUAUGUCUGUGCAAAAGGCAAAAUACUGAUUAGGACAGCACGUCACUAGCAUGGAUCUUCAUCAAGUGGAAGGUUAUUCAUCUUCAGAGAGUGGAAACAUUCACCAACAGAACAGGCAAACUUUCAGAAUGGAACCCACAAAUAUGACUAAAUCUGUUGAGCAACAGAACUGUAGACAAAGACAGCUGCAGUCACAUGAGAAUAUACAAGAGCAGUUGCAUCAAGCUGAAAAUGGAUUACAGCCUGAUCCAGAUGUUGGUUUAGAACAUCAGGAAUAUGCUGGUACUUCAUUACUGUGUGAGAGUAAUCAUCCAGAUCUUGUACAGAAAGCUGAGAGUGUUGUGACAAAAGUGACAGCAGAAGCUAUUAAUUUAAUGAAAUAUCAGGUGGAGAAGAAAAUACAGUAUCUUGAUAUUGAUUACAAGAUAAAAGAAUUGUAUGAACAAGAUAAAAUAGCUAAAAUCAGAUCUAUAGAAAUUCAAAUGGAAAAUGAAGGCUUAAGUCAAGAGAAGGACCUUGAGCUGAAAUCAUAUGAUAGAAAAGCUGUAAGGAUUACGAAUACAUUGGAGAUCUGCAAACUUCUCAAAGAACACUAUGAAAAGUUACAUUUCACAGCUGAACAGGUUGAAAAGCUUAGAAAUGAAUUUUGUGUUCAGUAUGCUUUGCUUACAAAUGACCUGAAAACUCAACGCAAAAAUCGUAAGGCAUUGGCUGUGGAAUAUGUAAAUAAUGUGGAGCGUUUAAAAAAAACUGUUGAAGAAGAACAUCAGCUUAGAAUCAGUGAAAUUAAUAAUGCUAACAGUAACUACCAGGGGCAAGUUAAGUGUUUAAGUGAGAAGAUGCUCUUAUUAAACAAUGAAGAGGAGAAGUAUUCUUCAUUGAAUGUUCAGGAUGAAGAAUUAGACAUAAGUAUUACACAAGAAGAGUUGAACUUGAAAGAGAAAUUGGGACAUGCUUAUGAAAGUUUACAUUUCUUUUUGUAUAAAAAUGAGACUCUGGAAAGUGAAGUAAACUCUUAUAAGGGUAAGGAAAAGGAACUUGAGGAUUCAUUACAUAGCAUCACAGUUGAAAGAGAUUGUAUCAAGAGGCAGGUUAUUGACUUGGAAGAAUUUUUUGAGACAGUCAGUAAUGAGGAGAAAAUGCUAAACGAAGAGCUAAACACUGUGAAAGAAAGACUGACCUGUCAUGAAACAGAAAAUAGUGGAACACGUAAUCAGGAAGACACAUAUGAAAAAGAAAAUCUAGAUUUACUACAACAAAUGUCUCAAUAUGAAGAUAAACAUAAAGAUGUGAACAGAAAGCUGGAAGACACUAGAACUAAAUAUGCAUGUUUAACACAAGAUUUGACCAAUUUGACAGUGAAGUUGGAAAUUAUCCAAACAGAGAAUCAGACAAUUAGUAACAGGUACAGGUCUGAGCUUUCAGAUUUAGAAUCUGCACUAGAAAUUCAUAGAAAAGAAGCAGAUGCAAAACACACAAAGAUAAAAGAUCAGAAUAAUAUUGUUAAUGUACUUCAGCAAGAAUUUGUAGAAGAAAAUUCAGCCAUGAAGAGUCAUCAAUUGAAGUUACAAAGUUUGAAGACCAAUAUGGCAGAUGAAGAAGCAAAAAUGGAAACACUGAGGUCCUUUAUACAAGAGGAAAAGACAAUAUUGGAAGAAGUGAACAAAUUUUUGAUGGUGAGACAAAGUGAGGUUAAAAAGUUAAGGGAGGAAACUGAAAGGAAACUUCAGGAACAUACAGAUUACAAAAAAGAAAUGUUGAUGGCAGUAAACCAAACAAGAGAAGAAACGAAAGCUGUGAAAGAGAAACAAGAGAAGAGGGACUUGGAACGUGAUGGAAAAAGACAGGAAAUUAUGAGAGGCCUUCGCGAGUGCAGAAAUGCUUCAAUAAAGCAGGCAGAUGAGAAAGAAGCUGAAUUGGAUGCACAAAGGAAAAUGAAUUUCAAUCUGAAGGAGAAGUUGCAUAAUAUUAUUAAUCAUAAGGAGUCAAUAGAAAGGGAUUCAGAAAUUCAAAGGAAGAUGUUGGAAUGUAAAAUAAAGCAGCUGCAAAUGGAUUUGGAGAAUGAGAUAACUCAGUCUGAAAUUUUGAGUAAAUCUCAAACCUGUGAACAAGUCUCUACUUCUGUACAGGCUUAUUCUUCUAGUCAGCCACAUGUGAAGGCUAAAUUUGAGGAUAAAGAUAUUACAAGUGACAGUGAUCGUAGCAGUAUUGAUUAUUGUGAUCUUAUAAAGAGAUUCGGUUCUGUGAAGAAAAUCGGUAAACUGCAGUCUUCAGAUCCUGGAAAGAAAAGGAGGUUAGAAGUAUACCAACAAUCAGAAAAAGUACGAACUGGAGGAACAAAGGAUGAGUACCUUCAGUCUCUAUAUCGUGCUACGCCACGGAAAUAUGAAGUAAAGUCAGGACAUUUCAAAAGUAGCAGACGUAAACAGCACGAGCCAUUAGAUAUAUUAAGUUCAUUAUGAAGCUAAAGAACUUUCAUGUGAAUUCCUGUUUGUUUUUGUAUGAUUUGUAUUUCAUUCUUUCAUAACAUCUCACUUUUAUUCCUUUUUGAACAAGUUAUGUGAUAUUUAUGUUUUUCUGUGUUAACCUUUCACUGAAUUCGUAUUCAAAGCAUAUAAUAUGCAGUAGAGUCUUGAUUAUUAAUUUUGUUGGAUUGAAGAGGGAGACUGAAGGAGAGUUAGUGAUGAAGAAACUGAAUUUUUCCAUAUGUAAUUGCUGUCCUUUCAUAAGAGUUGCACAAGAACAAUGUAUUAACAAAACAGCAGAGUUGAUGAUAAAAUUACUUGUUACGUUCUAUUGCAAAUGUAAAACAUCUAAUGAUGGAUGAUCGAGAGUUUACUGUAUUGUAUAAUUAACAACAUUUUGGUGAAUAGUGCAAAGCCAAGUUAUAGUAAAAAUCACAUUCAGUUUAAAUUUGUUGAAAGUGAUUUAAAUUAGAAAAUCAUUUGAAGAUGAAAAAGGCUGAUGUGAUUAUAAAAUUUCUUUAUGAACAGAUGCCCCUGAAAUUUGAUGUGCAGUAUGUAAUAUUACAUUGUGAGUUAACUUAUUUGUAUUCAAACCAAAUCUGGGAGAAGAGAAAAUCUAGUUGAUUGUUAAUUUUUUAAAGUGAUGAUAAUGAUUGAAACAGGAUGAAUGAUAAGACUUAAUGUAUAAAGUAUCAAGUCAUGUUAUAAUAAAAAUCUUAUUCAUUGCCAAUUUUUUAUUAAUGUUGUUAUAAUCUUGAAAUUGUAAAAAGGUUACAUUUGCCAAUUUCAUUACUCCAUUUGGUCUCAGAGAUAGUAAACAUUUAAUAAUUUGAAAAUUUAAUGCGUACACAUGAUUUAUGUAUUCUAUAUUUGUUUUUUUUAUUUUCUCAUUCACUAUAUUGUAUAAUAAUGGGACACUUUUCUGAUUAUAUUUGUACAGUGAAAUGUUGUAAGGAAAAUGUUAAAUUUAAAAUUUCCAUUCCCUGUCUGGUCCCCUAUAUAAAAAUAUAAUUAUUUUUAUUUUGCAACAUUAGAAUUAACACAUAUAUGAAUUUAACAAAUACAGAUUGAAUCCAUAUUUUGAAUAUCAGUUGUUUGUUAUAAUUUUAAAGUUUUCUGUACGUCUGUGAAAUAAAAGUUAUGAAAAUAACUCGUUCACAAAUGUAGAGUUUUCUGAAUGCAGCCUUUAUUUGUUAACAUGUAAUAGAACAGAGUAAUAAAGAAAAUCAAGUACGAA